AUGGGGAGCGACAAGCCAACACCGAUCAGGCAGAAUGUACCUGGUGGAUCGCCUAGCUAUAGGCAAAGUUCGGGAUUUGGGACGCAACCAACCCCUACUCCCGGCACUGGCAACGGAUUCGACUCAACCAAAAGGUCGGGACCCCCAGCGGCGAGCACUUACCCUUCUAGUACCGAUCAAGAAGCUUACCGGUCAUCAACUUCUAGCGACGCAGACUCUUUCGACACCACAACAGUCGAUUCACCGGAAGACAAGAAUUCCAUGCCCGUCGAGGAGGCUGAGACCCCAACCGAAGAGAAGGGAGAAGAUGCCGCUUUUGCUCCCAUAACCGCCCCCAUCACGAAGCGGGAGGACCAUCGGAUAAGGACCGGAUCGGUUGCCACGCAAGAUCCAGAUGAGGACGAAGCGCAAAAGGAGAUUCGCCAGCUCCUUUCGCGAGUCUUUGGUCAAUCACGUCAAGAGACAUCCGAAGAAGAGAAGACACGGCAUUUUGGCGUUGUCUUCAAACAUCUCACGGUUAUUGGUGCAGCCGCCGGGACGAGUCUUCAGCCUACCACUGGAGACGUAUUCCUUGGGUUGGCACGUCAACUAUGGACUCUACUUAGCCGAGGUACCAGCUCCUUCAAAAAAUCAUCGAAAACCAUCCUAGAUGAUUUCACCGGUUGCAUCAAGCCUGGUGAAUUAGUGUUGGUGCUCGGACAGCCUGGAUCCGGUUGUUCUACCUUCCUGAAGGUGAUCGGAAACCAGAGAUCGGGAUACCAAAAGAUCGAAGGCGAUGUGCGUUAUGGUGGAACGAGCUCGGAAGAAAUGGAAAAGAAGUUCCGAAGUGAAGUCAUUUACGCCCCAGAGGAUGAUCUUCACUAUGCGACUCUCAAAGUGAGGGAUACGCUUAACUUUGCAUUGGAAACACGAACCCCGGGCAAGGAGUCAAGGAAAGAGGGCGAGAGCCGCAAAUCCUACUCGAGAAAUUUCCUCGAGGUCGUCACGAAGCUCUUCUGGAUCGAACACACUCUGGACACCAAAGUUGGCUCGGCAUUCGUCCGUGGUGUUUCAGGCGGCGAGAAAAAGCGAGUCUCCAUCGCUGAAGCCUUGGUUACGAAAGCCACAGUUCAAUGCUGGGACAAUAGCACGCGCGGCUUAGAUGCGGCGACCGCCUUGGAGUAUGUGCAAAGUUUACGGGCGCUUACGAACAUGGCCUCCACUUCCACUUGCGUUGCCCUUUACCAAGCUGGCCAGUCGAUAUAUGAGCUGUUUGACAAAGUCCUACUCAUCAACGAAGGCCAAUGUUGCUAUUUUGGGCCAACCGAGAAGGCGGGGCCGUACUUCAAGAGUCUGGGGUUUGCCCAACCGGAACGAUGGACAACCUCCGACUUUUUGACCAGCGUGACUGAUGAUCAUGAGCGUCAAAUUCAGGAUGGCUACGAGAAUCGCAUCCCUCGUAAUGCAAGCGAGUUCGCGGCAUCCUUCAAGAACAGUGACAUCUACCGAAACAAUCUGAACGAAGUCAAUGAGUUCGAGAUCGAGACUGAAGGCAUCACAGCAGAUCGAGAACGGGCGAUGUCAAAAGCCACUCAAAAGAAGAACUACACUGUCUCGUUCCAAAAGCAGGUUAUCGCUUGCACUAAACGCCAGGCUCUCGUCAUGCUCGGUGACAAGGAGAGUCUUAUUGGCAAGUGGUUCGGCAUUGUCUUCCAGGCCCUGAUUACGGGCAGCUUGUUCUACAACCUCCCGAACACGGCCGCCGGCGUUUUUACCCGUGGUGGUGUCCUGUUCUUCAUGCUUUUGUUCAACGCUCUCCUUGCCUUGGCGGAAUUGACCGCUGCGUUCGAGUCUCGGCCGAUUCUUAUGAAACACAAAAGUUUUGCGUUCUACCGCCCAAGCGCGUACGCCAUCGCGCAAACCGUCAUUGACGUGCCCCUGGUCUUCAUUCAGAUAUCGAUCUUCCAGCUGAUUGUUUAUUUUAUGGCUAAUCUGUCGCGCACUCCGAGCCAGUUCUUCAUCGAUUUUCUCUUACUAUGGGUCGCAACCAUGAGUAUGUACGCAUUCUUCCGAGCCGUUGGCUCUUUUGUUUCGUCCUUGGAUAUUGCGACGCGUAUCACUGGGGUUGCCAUUCAAAUUUUUGUAGUCUAUACCGGCUACCUAAUUCCCAAAACCAAGAUGCGACCUUGGUUCAAGUGGUUGAUCUGGGUCAAUCCUAUCCAAUAUGCUUAUGAGGGUAUGAUCAGCAACGAGUUUCACGGCUUAGAAAUUCAAUGCACAACGCCUUAUCUAGUGCCGCCGAAUGCACCUCCAGCAAACCAAGGCUGUGCGCUUCAAGGCAGCAGGCCAGGCUCUACGACUGUGCUUGGCGACGAUUACAUCGAAACCGCAUUCGGUUACUCUUAUUCGCACCUAUGGAGGAACGUCGGCAUCAUCUUCGCAUUUUUCUUCUUCUUCGUCUUCCUCACUGCGGUGGGUCUCGAGCGCCAGAAACCAAAUACCAGCGGCGACUCGGUGACAGUCUACAAACGGGGCUACACUCCAGACCCCAUGAAGCAAAAGAAAUACGCAUCUGAUGAAGAGCACGGAAUGGAAAAGAAUUAUCCUUCGCCAACCGAGUCUGGCAGUCAAGAACAAGAUGUUACCACGGCGCUCAACGUCGAUCAUGCGGUACUCACAUGGAGAGGAGUAACUUACACGAUCCCCUACCAAGGCGGCCAACGGACCCUCUUAAACGGCAUCAGCGGCUACGUCAAACCCGGCAAACUGACCGCACUGAUGGGCGCGUCCGGCGCCGGGAAAACCACCCUUCUCAAUUCCCUCGCGCAGCGUCUCCGCAUCGGCACCGUCACCGGUGACUUCCGCGUCGACGGCAAACCGUUGCCUCACAGCUUCGCACCCGCGUAUGCUGAGCAGAUGGAUAUCCACGAGCCGACGUCGACGGUCCGCGAAGCGCUCCGCUUCUCGGCUCAGCUGCGACAACCGUACGAAACGUCGACGAAAGAGAAGUACGACUACUGUGAGAAGGUGCUUGAUUUGCUCGAGAUGCGGGACAUUGCUGGGGCGGUUAUUGGCUCCGAGGGCAAUGGACUGACACAGGAGCAACGGAAGCGUUUGACGAUUGGGGUGGAGUUGGCAAGUAAGCCAGACAUGCUUGUGUUCCUUGAUGAGCCGACGUCGGGGUUGGAUAGUGGAGCCGCGUUCAAUAUCGUGCGGCUGCUUCGUAGGUUGGCGGAUCAGGGGCAGACGAUCCUUUGCACUAUCCAUCAACCUUCGAGUGUGUUGUUCCAGUACUUUGAUAACCUGCUGUUGCUUAAAAGUGGUGGUAAGACGGCCUAUUUCGGACCGAUUGGCAACAACGGCCGUACACUUAUCAACUACUUCGAGAGCAACGGUGGAAAGAGAUGCCCACCUCAAACGAAUCCCGCAGAGUACAUGCUCGACGUCAUCGGAGCGGGUGAUCCGACCUAUCGAGGCCCUGACUAUGGCGAGGUGUGGGAUAAUUCCAAAGAGAAGCGCGAGCUCGAGCAAGAGUUGGAAAAGCUGGACAACGAACGUCAAGGCACUCGAGUGAGUGAACGGAAUACCAAGGCCGGCGGGUAUGCAACGCCGUUCUGGACGCAGACAUGGUUGGUCACCCAUCGAUCGUUUGUUUCGAUGUGGCGAAGCCAGGACUACGUCGUUGGGAUGAUGAUACUUCAUAUCUUCACUGGUCUCUUCAAUGCCUUCACCUUCUGGGACAUUGGCAACAGCCAGAUCGACAUGCAGAGUCGACUAUUCUCGAUCUUCAUGGUUCUCACCAUCUCCCCCCCGUUAAUCCAGCAGCUUCAGCCUCGUUUUCUCGCGGCGAGGGCGCUGUUUGAGUCGCGCGAAUCCAGCUCGAGGACCUACUCUUGGCCCGUAUUUGUCAUCUCCGUCAUCGUGUCCGAGAUCCCUUACCGCUUUGUUGCUGGAACGCUGUUCUUCGCGGCCUGGUACUGGCCCCCUAGCCUGCCACGCGACGCCUACACCUCCGGCAUCGUCUGGUCCCUGGUGAUGCUCUUCGAGCUCUACUACCUGGGCUACGGCCAAGCUAUCGCCGCCAUCUCGCCUAACGACCUGGUCGCGUCGCUCCUCGUCCCCGUCACCUUUAUGUUCAUCGUCGCCUUCUGCGGCAUCGUCGUCCCGUACGCUGUGCUUCCCCACUUUUGGCAGUCCUGGAUGUACCACCUCACGCCCUUCCGCUACCUGCUCGAGAUGUUCCUCACGCUCGUCACGCACGAUGUGCCGCUGCGGUGCGAGCCGCAGGAGUUGGCUAGGUUUCCACCCCCGGCGGGCCAGUCAUGCGAGAAGUUCACGGAGGCGUUCGUGCGACAGAUGGGAGGGUAUGUUGAAACGGUGGAGGGGGGGUUGUGCGGGUUCUGUCAGUAUGCGAAUGGCGAUCAGUUCGCGGCGAGCUUCAACGCGUUCUACCGAUUCCGAUGGAGAGAUUAUGGGAUCUUCUUGGGAUAUAUCGCAUUUAACUUCGCGAUGGUGUUCGUCUUCACAUGGAUUUACCUGAGGGGUUCGCAGAAGAUGAAAGGGGUGAUCGGAAGGGCAAAGGCGAAGAGGGAAAUGAAGAACCGCAACCGUCAGACGGAGGAGGAGAAGGUGGAGGGUUGA